AGGCGACGAGAUACCGCCCCAGAAGCUGGCGAUCUCAGGAGGGUCCGUCGGUCUUGCCUUCCUCUUCAUCGUGGUGUGCUGGUUCACGUCGUCCUCGUCCAAGCCGCCGAAGGAGCUGCCCACAGGACACGAAGAGAUGGAGGUCGUGUUCAAGCCGAGUAACGACUACACGGUGGAUGGCAAGAUCAAGAUCACCACGGAGGGCACCGGCUUGAGCUUCCGGCAGACGCUGGAGUGGGACGACCUUGAGGUUUUGUGGGGUCAUCCUGAGCGCAUCUGCUGGAAGGAUGUCAAGAGGGACAAGGACGACGGGUGCGUCAUCGCGAUCUUCAACGGCAAGGACUGCUUCAAGGAGCCCGACGGCCACUUCGUCCACCCCUCGGUCAACGUUGCCAAGGCAGCGCAGGAGGGGCAGACGUGGGCCACCAGCAUCUACGAGGUCAAGAGAGGGGACAACGAAAACAAGGCCGAGAAGGGCACUUCGACGGUCCGUACCGGCUACGCCAGCUGGGACAUCGAGGGCCGCGUCGUGCACGUGCACGACGCGUGGGGCAGGACCAUCAGUUGCGGCGUGGUGCAGAAGUCGAAGCAGCCGUCCCAGAGGAGCAGCAGAGAGGCGUCGGAGCCUGGCGCGGGCUUGGACGCGUCUGCAUCGGACCGCCUCGAGGUGGUGUAGGCCUCUUCGCCCUCAUCCUCGGCCUCUCCCUCCUCCUGGAGGA